AUUGGCCAACAGCCCCCAACAGACAGCUCCUUUGCUCACCCCAACCUUGGGGGUUAUCAUCGAGCGAUCAGACUAUAAAAACAAUGGAUGGAAAUUGAGGCUUUGAUGAAAUUAACGAGGGUGCACCAUAUUUAACAUUAAUUAGUUUUGUCAAACACUUCAAAAGUAAAACUUUUUAAGAAAGUUUAUUACAUUUAUUUUCUAAUAAUGGAUCCUUACUGUUUGAGCGUUGAGCGUGAGGCAUCGAAAAAUAUUGAAGAAAAUGAACGAGAAUGUUUUAAAGAUGCAAUCGUUUCAAGUAGAAGUCUUAACAAAGGUUACGCUGAACCAACACGAUUAAAAAAUGCCAUUCCAGAAAUCGCUGCAUGCAUCAUUGCAGCAACAUUUCAUAUAGCCGUUGGGCUCAGUAUGGCUUAUUCGGCAGUCCUUAUUCCUAACCUAGAAGAUCAAAAUUCAGAAGUUUAUGCAACAAAAGUUGAAACUUCGUGGAUAGCAAGUAUAGUGGUGGUGACAGCACCACUUGGAGCUCUAAUUGGUGGUUUUUUCAUGGAGACUUUUGGCAGAUUACGUACACUACAAUUUGGUGCAGUACCCUGUGUCAUAGGUUGGAUUUUCAUCGCUCUGGCCCAAAAUGUCCCAAUGAUUCUCAUAGGUCGAUUAUUGGCUGGAUUGGCUACCGCCCUUGCCACCUCACCAGCUAUUGUGUAUAUCACAGAAGUUGCUCGGCCUGAUCUCAGAGGCUCUCUCAUCUCCUUUGGUCCAACUCUUGCCUCUUUUGGUAUGGUACUCUCCUACCUUAAGGGUGCUUUUUUACCAUGGCGUCUUGUUGCCUGGCUUAGCAUCACCUAUGGUCUGGUGCCAGUCCUCCUUGUGCAGUUUAUUAUCCCAGAGUCACCAGUUUGGCUAGUAUCCAAAAAUAGAUUUGAUGAAGCACGCACAGCUUUACAAUGGUUAUACAAGUCAGAGAUGGAUGUAGGAAAAGUAUCCACAUCUGAAACUGCCUUUACAACAAUUAUGAAGGAAAAUGAGAUAAAGUUAAGUGAACAGCGUCGCAAUAAACACGGAGGUGGUGCUAUAGCAAAAUUUCGCGCUCUCCUCAAGCCUACAGGAUGGAAGCCCAUGCUCAUCCUGUUUCUACUCUUUCUCUUUCAACAAUUUUCAGGAAUUUAUAUUACCCUCUUCUAUGCUGUAACAUGGUUCGAAGAGGUUGGAGCAGGCUUUGAUCCUUAUAUUGCUUCAAUCCUUGUAGGCCUCACCCGCUUCUUCUGUUCGAUGAUCAAUACUUGGCUACUCAGGAGAUAUCGGAGGCGAAUACUCUGCAUUAUUUCAUCACUUGGUAUGGCUGUAUGUAUGACUGUCUCUGGUUACUUCACUAUGAGGAUUAAUGACGGUGAUAAAACUGGUAGUUGGGUUCCUGUUGCUUGCUUAUUAUUAUAUGUUUGUACCUCAAUGGUGGGAAUGCUAACUAUUCCUUGGACAAUGACAGCCGAACUUUUUCCGACAGAAAUUAGAGGAAUAGCUCACUCCAUUAGUUAUUCUAUAGCUAAUAUACUUAUGUUUGCAGCUGUCCAAAGUUAUAGAAAUUUAACAGAAUUUUUAGGAGGUUCUCAUGGGAUUCAAUGGUUCUUUGCCACAGUGUCAAUUGGCGCGUCUAUAUUUGUCUAUCUACUGCUACCUGAAACACAUGGUAAAAAGUUGUCAGAGAUAGAGGAUUAUUUUCAUAAUAAUUUCUUGGCAUGUGGCGUUAACGUUAAAAGUAAAAAACGCAGAAUCAAGUAUCAAGCUCAACAAAACACACAAACAGCAGCUUUACAACCGCUUAAUUCGCCAAAAACCGCUGAAACCGCUUAAGCGACUGAUAAAACAUGAGUAUUCUUCCUUAUUAGUUUUGUAUUUUUCAUUAUCUUUCAUCUAUUUUUUUUCUAUCAGAAUAUUUCUUUACUCUACUUUAUACUACAUUAAAUUAUAUAACGCACUCACAACAUAUGUGUACCUGUUAUAUAAAUAAUUAUUUCGAAAUUCACAAUCAGAUUGUGAAUAUUGAUGUUAGGAAACAGAAUAUGAUUUUAUUUAAACAAUGUUAGCAAACACAAUUAUAAGAA